AUGCCCGUCCUGAAUUCCCCUCGGUGCAUGCAGGGGAACGCGUGGGACGAGAGCCCCCAGGGCCGCGACCAUGUCAAGAUGCACGUGCUCCUGCCGUCAGCGGGCACGUGGCUCGUCGUCGACUUGGCCAAGGACUCCGCCAUUAUGCCCAGUGGUUUCGCCGACGCCGCCGCGGGCGCGAUGUACGUCAAGGUGUCCAGCAUCAGGGCGGAGCUCCAGGCGCGGCUCAGCAUGUUCAAGCAGAAGGAGAUCGUGAUCCACAAGUGCAGCGCGGAGCAGCCGCGCGGACGGGAGCUCGCCGACGACGACGGCGUGUACUACUUGACGUGGCUCGUCGCCGAUACUCGUGAGGCGGUGGCGGCAGCAGUGGAUUGGGUGAAGACCGAGCCGCGCCUGAAGUGGAACUACCAACCGCCUACGGACCAUACUGGUAGCCACGUCAUGCAGGUGCUUGUGUUCACCGAGCCGACGGCGACGUGGAGCGAAGUAUUCGUCCCAGACUUCGCUGCGUUCACUAACGCGGCAGCGUCUUCGACAGCGCAGGACUUGAAGCUCGUCAUCCUUUCGGCAUUCGAGCCUAUUUGUGUGAACGGAGUCGCGUGGAAGUUCGGCGUCGACGAUCUGGAGAUCACGAACUGCCAGGGCAGCCACCCCGACGGGGACCAGCUGGGAGACAAGCACCACCUCAUCAACGGGAAGUGGUACUACGUGACAGCGAACCGCUUGCUGGAGCAGCUCGAGGUGCAGGACCAGAUCGAGGGGGGUCGCGUUGGCACAGUCUGGCUUCGCGAGGGCGAGGGCCUCCCCCUGCGGAAGCUGGUGCUCGAGGCGCAGGUGCGCGGCGAGGACGCGGAGGUACGGCGCGCGACCACCGCGCGCGUCCCCGUCCACGCCAGCAGCCCCAUGUGGGUUGGCGGUCGCGUGUACUUCCUGGCGGAGCUGGACGGGGCGGAGCGCCUGCCGGUGAGGCUGAGCACGGCGCAGGGCGCUCGCCUGCCGCGCUUCUUCAAGGCCUCCGACCACUACGAGUUCUGCUGUCUGCACCCCGACGGCCACCACCUCGUGGCCGCCUGCCGCGGCCGCCUCUUCGAGCUGGCCCUCAACGAGGGCCCCGCGCUGGAGGUCCGUGCGCCGCCCCUGCCGAGCGGCCUGCCGGCGCCCUUCACCCGGUGCCGGGCCGCGUGCUUCAGCACCGCCGGGAGCCUGGUCGUGGCGCGGGAGGGCCCGCCGGGCAGCGGCGCGGAGGCUUGCCAGCUGGAGCUGCACCCGCCGAACCCGUACACCCAGCAGUCCGAGCUGAAGGAGGAGCACUUCUGGGCGUUGGAGCUGAGCGACGAGGCAGACGCUGCCAGUUCCAAAGGACUCCCCGACACCUGGGGCCUGCAGCCGCCGCGGACGGUGAUUCUGCCGGCGGAGCUCGGGCAGGUCCGGGACAUGCUGCCCUCGCCCACGGACGAGCUGGUGCUGGCCGUGUCGACGGGUACGCUCGGGCUCCAUCUGCUAACUCUAGAGGCGCGCGGCAGCGGGCCUCAGAAAAAGCUGUCCAUCAAGGACACGCGCCUCGUGGCCCAGGCGCCCUUCGGCCCAGGCGGCAUUCUGGACAUGGCCUGGUCCUACGACGGGCGCUGGCUCGCGUACACGCGGCAGGAGUCGCAGGACUGCAUGGGCCCCACGGGCAUCUGGGUCUACGACACGAAGGCCAGCGGCGCAGCGCCGCGGUGCCUCACGUGCCGCCGCUUCGAGGAGUGCUCGGUCUCGUUCGAUCCCGGCGGGGAGUACCUGGCCUUCCUCUCCAGGAGGGUGUUCCGCACGGUGCGGGACGACCUCACGUCGUCGACGGGCUUCAGCCGAGACGCGUACAGGCCGUACCUGCUGCUGCUCCGCAAGGACUCGCGGAACCCGCUCCAGCGGUGGCCACGGGCGCCUGCCGACGACGGCGAGCAGGGGGCCGACGAGGAGGAGGGCGGCGCGGCGCCGGGCGAGGAGACGCCCCCCGUGGAGGUGGAGAUAGACGUCGACGGCGCGGCCCGGCGCGUGGUGCAGGUGCCCGUGCCGGCGGGCAGCUACCACCGCGUGGUGGCCACCGAGUCGGGGCUGGCGUACCUGCGGGAGCCUCGGGCCGACGACGAGGAGGAGGUCUGCGGCUCCGUCUACGUGUACACCUUCCAGUCGGCGUCCGAGCGGCGGGUGGCCAGCGGCAUCACGGACUUCUCGGUAUCGCUGGACGGUGCGAACCUGAUGCUCGAGACGGAGGAUCCAUCCUUGCGGGCGGUCUCCCUGCAGGCGGCUGCCGAGGAGGAUGAGGAGGAGAAGCCAGGCGACGCGGCUGGAGACGCCGACGGUAGGCUGCCAGGCUGCGCAUCCAGCACGGGGGUCGUGGAUCUGGACUCCAGGAUCUCGCUCGAGGUGGCCCCGGCGGAGGAGUGGGCGCAGAUCUUCCGCGAGGUCUGGGAGGCACUGCGCGCGCACCUCUUCGACGAGGCCAUGGGCGGCGUCGACUGGCAGGAGGUGCGCGGCCGCUACGAGCCGCUCCUGCGCAGGCUGGGCUGCCGCGAGGAGCUGACGGACGUGCUGCAGGAGAUGUGCAGCGAGCUGGGCGUGUCGCACCUCUCGGUCGGCGACCCGGAGCCCGAGGAGGACCCCGUGGGGCAGCCCGGCUUCCUGGGCGCGGACCUCUGCUGGGACGGCCUGGCUGGUUGCUACCGGGUCGCGGGCCUCUGCCGCGGGGACGCCUGGAGCGCCAGCACCGGCGGCCCGCUGGCGCGCGCGCGGGUGCCGGCGGGGACGCGGGUGCUGGCCGUCAACCGGCGGCGGCUCGACGCCCAGACCAGCGCGGAGGCCGUCCUGGCCGGCGCCGCGGGCCGCGAGGUGUACCUGACUCUUGGCGCGGAGGCGGCCCCCGGCUCGGCGCCGCUGCCCCAGGACGCUGCGGCGCACGCGCCGCGGCGGAGGGCGCCCGGGCGGCCCGCCGGGGGAAGGCGGGGCGCCGGGAGCAGCGCCGCGGUGCCGGCUGGGUGCUCGCGGGAGCCCCUCGAGCGCACGGUGCGCGUGCGGUGCUUCGACUCGCAGGCAGACCAGCAGGCCCGUUACCGCGACUGGGUCUCCGACAACGCGGACGCGGUCCACCAGGCGACAGAGGGCCGCGUGGGCUACGUGCACGUGCCGGACUGCGACCGGGAGGGCUUCGCCCAUUUCCACCGCUGCUACCUCACCGAGUGCCACAGGGAGGCCCUCGUCCUGGACCUCCGCGGCAACACCGGCGGCUACGUCUCGGAGCUGCUCCUGGACAAGCUGCUGCGCAAGCCCCUGGGGCUGCGGGUGCCCCGCGAGGGGGGGCCCAGCGUCUUCCCCGCGCACAGCCUGCGGAGCGCCAAGGCGACCGUGCUGCUGAUCGACUCUGGCUCUUGCUCGGACGCGGAGGCCCUGGCCGACUCGUUCCGCGAGCACGGGUUGGGCCCGAUCGUUGGGGUCAGGACUUGGUUGGAGGCGUCCUGUCGGUGGGCGAGCUGGACAUCUCGGCUGGUGGACGGGGGCUCCGUCAGCAUACCCAGCGACAACAUGUUCUCCCUCGCCGGGGGCGCCUUCGCGCUGGAGAACCGGGGCGUGGCGCCGGACAUCGAGGCGGAGGCGCUGCUGCGCCAGCGGGCCGCCGCCGUCGCCGCCGCGGCCGCGGCGGAGCGGGCGUGCCCGCCACGGGCGCGGGUGGGCGCAGGAGGGGUGGCCGUGAAGGAGCCCCACGGAGUCCCACGGAGGCAAGCCAGGCUCGGCCCGGAGACGAGGCACCAGCGGGCCAACUCCGAGGGGUCGCGGACCUCCAGGGUGUCCGCCUGGUCGGCCUGGUGGUCGAACGCGCGGAGCCGCUCCCUCUCCCCGGCUUCGCACCAAGGCGAGCGCACCCCGCGCACCCCGCGGAGCCCUUCGAGGAGCAGGCGCUGGAGCAGGUCCUCCGAGCAGGCGUUCUCAGGCGCUGGCGCCCUGACCCCGCGGCGGACUCGGACUUCCUGGAGCUCCGGCGCGGGGCGCCCAGAGGCGUCGGACGAGAGCCUGGGCGCCGAGGGGCGCAAGGAGAAUCCCGGGGUGCGAUCGCUGCAGACCGGGUGCUCACCUGUGCGCCACGGCCCCGCCUCCGGACAUCACCGUCCGACGGACCUGUCCUCGGCAAAGGCGGCGGCUGCGCUCUCCCCAAAGAAGUCGGCGCUCAAGUCGAAAGACGCUUUAUCCCCAAGCCUGGCGCGCGAUCCAAGAAGGAAGGUCACGCUGGGCGUCGAGGGCGCCGCGGUGCAGCUGCCGGCGGCCGCGGUCGGGGGCGCCGCGGGGGCGCCGCGCGGGAGCCCCGCGCGGAGACUCAUGGAGGCGCUGACCCCCCGGUCGGCGGCCUCGCGGGCGACGUCGGCGAAGCGCGGCGAGCGCAGCGUGCGCAGCCUCUGGAGCAGGGCGUCAUCUUGGAUCACCCGCGACAAGUACCCGUUGGCCCAGCCGCAGCUGGAGGAGUUGCGCCUCGACCGGAACUGCCUCGGGUGGAUCGAGCGCGGCGCCCUGGACGGCGGCAUCGUGCACGACCUGCGGGUGCUGAACCUGGGGCACAACCAGCUCAGCCACCUGCCGGAGGACUUUCUCGAGGGCGCCAGCAAGCUCCGCCUCCUCGACCUGUCGAACAACCAGCUCGACGAGGUGCGGCUGGCAGAGAGCCUGUUGUCCAAGGAGAGCAUGCUGGAGGUCCUGCUCCUGGAGUGCAACAGGACGGGGCGCUUGGCCGGUGGACCCCAU